AUGUCGAAGAAGCGCAAGAGGGACGUCGCCGACGUCGAUGUUGAGGUCGUCAAUAUCUACGACAAGCUAGCAAGCGAGGAUGAGACCACCAGACUGAACGCUGCACGCCAGCUCCUCACCAAAACCUUUCAAGAUGGGACUACGACCGAAGAUCAGAUCAAUACAAUCCUAAAACGGCUUUUUCGAGGACUAUGUAGCAGUCGAAAAGCCGCCCGUCUUGGUUUCGUCGUGGCCCUGACGGAGUUCCUGUCCCAGCUCCAGGCAUCACCACAGAGCGCCCUCAUCUCACCUGCCAAGGCCAUUGACAUCCUCGAAUCUACGACAACGCCAGAGGGAGGUUCGCGGGGUCAGGAUGAACGAGAUCACUACUUCGGUCGUGUCUUUGGUGCGGACGCUGUCAUCAAAUCGAAGAUCCUCUUUGCCGACCAAGACCAAACUCAGUGGAAACGUCUGCUUGAGCUAGUCUGCCAGGUGGCCAUGAAGAAACCCUGGCUACGGCAAGAAUGCGGCUAUGUAUUAUGCCAACUGACAGAUGACGAUUCAGAGCAUUUGAUACCAUUCGUCGAGGAGAUCAUCAACACUCUCAAUGCCCAUAAGCUCAUCCGGACACCGGAAGGCGUAGCCGUCUGGCUGAUGGCCAAGAGGUCGUAUCCAAAGGCGAAGCUCUCUAAGCAUGUAUGGAAGCACUCGCACCCCUUAGCUAAGAGAGAUGUACAAGGCCUGGCCGAGGUCAUGAAGAACGCCCGCUCGCAGCAGCCCGAUGCCGAGUUUGGCGCUCAGGGAUCCACUUCUUGGAAUUCCAGCUUGCAUUUUGCCUGGAAGGUUGUUCUCAAUCACUUCUAUGAGCAAUUCGAAGAACAGAGAAAGUAUUCGCUAGAGCACAAGGAUGACGAAGAGACUGAGUUGCCAGGCAGCCGAGAUCUGAUUGGCCUCAAGGAAUUCUGGGAAACCGUGGUUGAGGGGGGUUUGUUCGGUGCCAAUAGCAGUACGGAGCGCAAGCUAUGGGGCGUCCUGGCGGUUUCUCAUAUUGCUUCCACGGCGCCGGUGGAAUUGAUUCCUGCCAUUCUUACCGAAAGGACUCUCCACUACCUACUGUCAUCCUUGAAUGGCGAAGAUCGAUACUUGCGCAAAAGCUCUCAGUCUGCGCUACAGGCUCUUGAGAAAUGUUUCAAGUCUACUGUGUGGAUGGCAUACCCUUACACGAGCCAGGCCUGUCUUCGAAAUAUCAUCAAUGCUACCAAGUAUAUCGACUUUGAUGCUAUUACAAAAACAAAGACUGUCACUGCGCUGCUUGAUGAUGGCAACGCCAGAGAUGUUUGGAUCGCCUUGACAAGCUUUGAGCAUGCCGCUGCUGCUGUUGCAGAGGACGACGAGCGGUCGAAAAGACUGAAGUACAUCUUUAGUCUAGAAUCGAAGUUUCUUGGGCUGUGUCUGCGGAGAGCAACGACCGAUCCGGAAUCAUUCCAGGCGAGGUCGCUCGAAGUAUCUAUCGAGAUCUUCGAACGGUGGUUGGCUAUGGCCAAACCCCAGGUUGGGGUAUCUCUCCCGUUUCCUUCGAUUCGGGUACCGGAGGCCCUGAAGCAGUAUCUCAGAGAUCGAAUCGCGGCUGGCCUUGAGCACUCACUUAAGGAAGGACCGCUUGGACGGCAAGUGUUCAAAUCCGCCCUUACUCUCUACAAUCUCAAGAUCUGGGAAGUCGAUCACGCCAUUAGCCAAGUGCUGAAUCAAGCCGAAAAAAGACUACAAAAACUGGAGAAAGCAUAUAAAAAGCAGCAUCUUCAUGAAGAUGACGAUUCCUUAGCGAAGAAGGGAAAGCCCACCUCGCUUGUGGAGGGUUUCCAGCUACUGUAUUCUCUUGUCGCCUUCGACAUCUACAGCGGAGAGCACGAGUCAGUGGAGAUCAUGCAAGAGCUACUAGACAUGGAGAUUCCUGGCUCACGCGACACCAGGCAGGCUACCGAUCCAUUGGUAGAGAUCCUGCUCAGUUUUUCAUCACGGCCAUCUAAGUUUCUCCGCACAUUGACGCCUAUCAUCUUCGAGUCACUUGCGUCAGGACUUACUGCUGACGGUUUGCGGUCGUUGACCCGUGUGCUUGCAGCAAAGGAAAAUGCUCAAGGUCAAUUGGAAAUGUUUGAAGCUGCCGGUGAAGACGCGGUGGAAGAGGACGAGGAUAGCAGCGAAGGAGAAAACUCUGACGUGGAAGUGGUGGAUGCUUCCGAAGGGACUUCUGACAGCGAUGAUAGUGCUGAGUCGGGAGAAGAAGCUUCGUCAGCGGAAGACGAAGAGCUUGCUGUCUUCGACGCUGUACUGGCAUCGGCACUUGGUAAGGCUCGUGCCAACGAAGAGUCAGGCACAGAUUCGGAUGAAGAUAUGGACGAUGACCAGAUGAUGGAACUGGACGAAAAGUUGACGGAAGUCUUCAAGGCGCAGAAAGAGGCCUCGAGCAAGAAGAAGGAUAAGAAAGACGCCAAAGAGACCGUGAUCAAUUUCAAGAACCGCGUGCUGGAUCUGAUUGACGUGUAUGUCAAGCACGAGCACCAGAAUCCACACGUCACCGAGAUCAUCCUUCCUCUAUUACAGACGAUUCGGACGACUCAAACAAAACAGAUUGCUGAGCGUGCAAACAAGAUCCUACGGGAUCUCUGCACACGAUGCAAGGGCCAACAGAACAGCCCGCUUCUCGAGACUUCAAUGGUGAAGCCGACGACUCAACUACUGGCGGACAUUCACACAGAAGCUUGCGUGGACGCUUCCAACAACCAUGCAGCAGCGGCAAGCCAGGCAAGCAUUCUCGUGGUCAAGACGUUGAUCAAAAGUGGCGUCGACAUCGAGAAAAUCAUCCACCAGUAUGGAGAGACGAUGACGAAGAUGAUGACAGAGCCGAAAUGCAAAGUGCAGCCUGCCUUCUUCACGGAUUGGAAUAAUUGGUGUGCCUCAGCAAGGAGUUGGAUGGUGAAGCAGGGAGGAGCCAAGGCGUAG